UCAAACUACAACCAUUCCAAGUGCAACCUUCAUCAGUGUUAGAACUUCUAGGAGUACAUUUUCAACAGAAAAAAACUUUCAAUCUAAAUUUCAAAUCGUGUCUUACAUUUUUAAAAAAUGAAUUAUUUCAUCGGAAUAACUUUGCUCUUGACAGCAAAUUUGAUGUUAGUCGAUCUUGCAUCAAUUGAAAACCGAGUACCCGAUAUUGUCAGCUUGUUACCUUUACCAACAAUGCCUCCAGUUGUAAGCAGUAUUUUCCCCGGCACUAGUAAUUGGUGUGGAAUCGGUGUUAGCCCACCCACCGCAUUAACAGCUAUGGGACCACUCAAUGCAACUGAUAGUUGCUGCCUUGCUCAUCAACAAUGCGAAGAAGUGAUCGAACCAAUUGGAACUUUGCAUACACUUGAAAAUCCAUCAUUAAUUAAAAAAUUCAGCUGCCAAUGUGAAGAAGACCUUCUUAAUUGCCUCAAGGAAACCAACGAUACACCUUCGAAUAUUUUUGGAGAAGCUUAUUUCGGUCUUGUGGACAAAUGCUUUGCCGAAGAACAUCCAGUAGUUGAAUGUGUUGAAUAUCAAUCGGGACCAUUGGGAGCUGGCAAAAGGUGUGUUAAUUAUAAAUUUAACGAAACCCAACCAAAAAUGUAUCAAUACUUUGAUGUUCCAUAUUACUCAUUUGCUUUGGGUUAAAAUCAAUUUUUGUAUUGUAAAUUAAUGUUCUUCUGAUGAAGUAACAGACAUAAAUAAAUAUUUUCAUUAUAUUAAA